UCCAUAUUUCGAACGCACCAGUUUCGCACUGGCCGCUAAACCGCGCGCGCGUUCCAAUGUUCAAAUAUGAAUUCGCGAUCCCCGAAUUUUUCGGAACUUAUGUUUCGAAAAUAUUUCAUUACGUACCAGCAUUUAGAAUUCGGUGAAGUUUGUGUUCUGUGUUCAAAUUUUUUUGCCGCGACGGUCCCAUACAAUCGAACGGAUCAAGGAUAACAUUCGCUGAAAAAUGAAUGCCUCAUUUAACUAAUAACCAAAACCAAAUAAAGAUUUUUAAAUUUAGACUUGUUAGGCAUACACUUUUUUAGAUUCCUACGUCCAUUAGUGUUUGUUGAAAGUUAGCGUGUGAAUGAAUGAGGCAAUUCAUGGAUAUAGUGUGCAAAGUGGCGGCUUUGUAUUAUUAUACUCCAUUGAAUGGCACAGUUGAAAGUUUUUGAAAGGUUUCCGAUGUGAGAAUCUAAAAAUGGUGGAAUCAUUUGACAUUUUUGGUGAAUGCCGAUCGUGUUCAAUGAAUAUAAACGUAUAUAUCAGAACAUAUACAAAACAAAACAAUUGAUAAAGUCAGAAAUCAAAUUAUCCUUAUUAAUUUACGUGACCACAUUACACGCAAUAUUUUACCCGCGCAAUCAUUAAUAGAAUAUAUUCUCUUCCUAAUCUAUGUUCACCAUCGUUAUUUACGAUUCCAUUAUCUCUUAUUCCCAGAUUCCCGACGUCACAGCCACUUCAAGGGUCUUAAAGUCAUCAAUUUCCGUUUCACCGAGAAAAUGCUCCACAACGAAGUGGACGAGGCAGUCCUAAACCUACACGUCCAAGAAUUGGAGCCAAGUCAUAACGUUACUAUAGAAACUGAAGAUUUCUUCACUAUCACAUUACAAGUUAGUAGGGUAACCAGAAAUAGUCAUGGAAGUAAGGCAUCUGUGCCGUAUACUGACAAUUCUGUGAAGAUGUCAAGAAGAGAGCUGAAGAUAGGGAAGUGGCUGAAAGUCAAUGUCACCAAUAUGGUGUCGGAAUUCUUUAGACUUCCGAGAGAGAACCUAGCUAUAGUUGUGAGAGUACAAGACUCAAGGAACAGGAUGAGUUUGGUCGUGCCCCAUCCUAGUUCAGAAACCAAUAAUGCUCUGAUGCCAUACAUAGAAGUAAGUCUUAGAGACAAUUCACACAAAAGGACGCGGCGGACCAUAGGCAUGGACUGCACAGAAAACACCAAGGAGGUGCGUUGCUGUCGGUAUCCCUUAGUCGUAAAUUUUGAAGAGUUUGGCUGGGACUGGAUCAUCGCCCCCAAACUAUACGACGCCAAUUACUGCAGUGGGGAAUGCCCCUUCAGCUUCUUACAAAAAUUUCCACAUACUCACAUUGUGCACUUAGCAGCCCCGCAAGGCAGCGGUGGCCCGUGUUGUGCUCCCAGAAGAAUGAGCAGUAUCUCCAUGCUUUAUUUUGAUCACGACUUAAACAUCAUUUACGGAACAAUCCCAGGAAUGGUUGUCGAAAGCUGCGGAUGUUCAUAGCAUUUUCAACUUAGACAAGUCUGCCUUCAAAUGUACAUCAAAAUUAUGAUACUCUUCGUUUUUUUUAUCCUUAUUAAUUCGUAUUUGUGUUCUACGGUGAUUCUUAUCUGUAUUCUAUUUGGCUUGACUAUUUGGGGCCUUGUAAGUGUAAUCUGUUGCUAUGUGAUAUAUUUGGUUGAAGACUGCGGACUCUUUGUGUUGUGUGCCGUGACUGUGAGCAUGUAAAUUUAUUUUUACAUUUGUACCUACAUCUAGUUUAAAAUCAACGCUGACUCAUUCAGCAUCCUUUAUCUGUUUUAAUUCAGUUUCAGCUAUGAUUGCACUGUUACCUAUUACAUCGGCUGCUAGAUUAAUAAUUUUAUCUUCGAGGAAUGACUCAGCGUUGAAACUUUCAUAUUCAUUUAUAAAUAUAUCACUUGUUUCAAUUUACUUGUAUAAGUUAGCAUUCAUGAAUUGCAUUUAGCGUCUUUGACGAAUUAUCUUUAUUUAUUUAUAACUUCUAAAUUGAUAUAGUGAUGCUAAUAGAAUAGUUGUGUUAAAAUCAAUAAUCUUUAGCGAUUUUUUAUCGCGUGACCUUUGUCUCAUUUGGAUAAAAAUGUGUAAGACGUCAUUACGAUAAUGCAUUAUUAAGGUCGUAUGCAGAUAAUGACAAGAACUAUUUGUAGGACUCUUCUUUUUAAUGUGAAACAGUUUUACUUUUAAUUAAAUAAAUUUGUCUUUAAAUAUUGAUUCACCACUAACCUGCAAGUACCUUAACUUUGCAAUAUCGCCAAUUAUGUUUAUGUGUGUAUUAAUUAUUUAAAUGUGUCUUAUUUGUCAAGCAUAUGUUUUAAAUUAUCUGUGCUUUUAUGAAUUGAAAUACAUACUUAAUAUUUAAUUUCUUUAAAUUGGUAAUUUUAUGGAUGAAAAGAAUAACUGAAGCUUACAAUCACCUAUCAACAAUAGGAAUGUACGAGUAAUACUCUCAAUUACCACUAAACAUCAAAAAUUUAAUUUUAAAUAGAUUCUUUUUAUAAAUAGAAUAUUUAAUGUGUGCGUACUUUGGAUUUUUAUUUUAUUUUUAUGACAUUUUUGGAUCUCGUAUUUCAAAAUUAUACUAUUUAAAUUCUCUAGUAAUAGCGGGUGGUGCUUAAAAAAUAUUAAUUACCUACCUAUAUAUCGAAUAGCACAAUGUUAUACAAUAGUGCCAAUGUGCCUACCCAGUGUUUAAUUUUAAAAUAAUUUUAAUAUGUCGUAUUAUUUUGGCGUAAUAAAAGAAAGAGAAUUAAUAAGAUAUUUUUGUAUUAUUUAAGUUUUUAGUAAAUUUUUCGGACAGAUGUCGGAAUUUUCAAAAAUAAGAUCUCAUAUUAAGGCCGCCACGUUUGUGCCUUUGAAAAGAUCUCCCAAUUUUUGGAACCAACGAUUUAAAAUGUGUUUUAUACAAUGUAGCAUAAGUUUACAUGUUAACGUAUCUCUCGAUAACUUGAUAUUGUCAAAAAUAACUAACAAUCUUGUGUAAGUUUUAUGAAAUAAAUCAAUCCACUCAUAUUUUAUGACUCGUGUUAUUUCGUGGGUGUAAAGUCUUAUAUAUUGAAAUAUAUGUCUAUCAAAUUA